UAUCCAUACAAAUUUGAUUGUUAUAAAGUGAUUGUAUCUAAAGUGGUUACUGAUCAGGCAAAGUUCAAUUCCGUUAUCCAAUUUACGCAUACAUAUAGUAUUACUCAUUUAAGUUAACAUUAUUAUGAUUAGGACAAUAUCAGUUUCACACUAUCACGUUCAACAUUUGAACAAAUAGCAUAGAUAUUAUUGAGAAAACAUUGUAAAAAUACCACAGUUCGGAGGUUGAAUUUAUCAUAACCAAAUAAUUGAUUAUUUUGAAGUAAAAUGAGACUCAACUCAAUCGUCACUAAAUUACGUUCUAUCAAUUGUCAUAAUCUUUCAAAAACAGGGAUGUUGCAUAAUUGUGUAAUUGGAAAAAUGAUCAGUUUGUGGACACAGGGAGUAAAGUACAACUUGGAUCGUUUACAAGAAGCAUCAAAUAAUCAACGACAGUAUCCAAAUGAUAAAGACAUUUUUACUUUGAAUGUACUUGCAAUUACAGUUCUUCAGUUUGCAAUCACUUUUGGAGGAACGAAUUUGUUUAUUUUAGUCCAACAGAUCAGUGACUGGAUUAAAAAACACGAAACAAUCUUAUGGGUCUCAAGCGUCAUCUACUUAGUUCUGCAAUUGAUUUGGAUGUUUGUUCCAGGAUUAUCACGGAAAUAUCCAUACAAUAUAAUGUAUUUAAUACUGAUGACAUUAUUUUCAACCCUUGCAAUCGCAUCGGAUGCAACCUUGUAUUUUGAAGCUGUUGUCAAGGUUAUGUUCUGUGUGUCGGUGACAUUAUUCAAUCUCAUUAUUUGCACCAUAAGUGUUCUACAAUUCGAUUUCACUAAAUAUUAUACCGUAAAUCUGUUUGUCUCACUAACUAUUGAUAUGGUACUAUUAAUUGGACAAAUUGGUUACUUCAUAUUGUCAAAGAGUAAUACUGUGCUAAGUAUCGCUGGUGCAAUUGUGUUUCCGUUCACAGUAUUAAAAUUAUUAUAUGAAGUGAAGAUGGUGUUUGGAGGCGGCGAAUUUCGGUACAGUCAAAUGGAUUUAGUAUUAGCAGCUGGAAUUCUUUACAAUUGUUGGUGGAAAUUGUUUUUGAUACUGAUGUGGAUAUUUACGUAUUCAGGUUUGAAAAAAUCGAACUCAACAAAUGCAAAUUCAUCUAACGUUGAAUCUUCAGUUUGUUGAAUAACUCUAACGAAAUUCGGUUGAAUAUGUAUUUCCAGUGGAAACAUUACAAGAAUAUUUGUUUACAACGAGUCUUUAAAAUGUUGCUGUUUUUUCUCUGAUUAUACAGCCAUAUUUCAGUGUUCAAUGUGUCAUGGAAGAUGGUUAUGCUUUGAAUUAUUUUACUCUUUGCAUAGUUAUCUCAUUUCUGAAAUUUAAAUAUUAGUACUAUAUACAAAUGUUCAUAUAUAAUGAGAUUAUGAAAUGUUAAUGAGAUUUAGGAAACCGAAGUUCUCGGUCAUUUGUUUUACUUAUAAAUUAUAGUUUGUAAUAUAGCAGGGGAGCUGUCUUGACCAAUCAACUUGUCAUUUUUUUCAACUUGGACUGCGUGUAUACCGAAUUUUAAGUGACUAGAGCAAAUAAAUUUCCAUUCACA